GUCAGAACCGUAAUUAUAAAAUUUUACACACAUCAUAUUUUAUUGUUUAAAAUUUGAAAUAUACAGUUUGUCGGUAGUCGAAGGUAGCCAGUAAAUUGAUCUGCUAAUUGAUUAAAAUAUAGUGCCCCUGCAAAUUGGCAUUAUCUAAGUGAUAAUUUCUCUCGUCGGUUAGUGUUUGUUUUUUUAAGAAAAGAGAUAGAGUUUGUAAGCCAAGUUGUCAAUAUGGUUGUAGAAUUCGAUGAAAACAUGUUCAACGCUCGGUAUUUUGAAGUUGUUGAGGGGAGGAAGCAUCUAAACAACUUACUGGACAGAGUUGACUUUUACGUAUGUGUCCAAUACAUAUUUUCAUUCCUCGGCACAAUUUUUUCCUUUAUAUUUGCCUGUUUGGUGGUUUACCAUGAGCCUGAACAUUUCAUAUAUGUGAUAAUGGUUGUCCUAAACGAAUACUGGAUGCUUCGCACCAUUUCGAGCUUACCGUACGAAGUUGGAUUUUUAAAAAUAUUACUCUCAGUGACGGCUUACAAGCUGUUUACCAUGUACGUAGGUAUAUGGUUCGUCCUGCUUCGUGUCGAGGACGAAACUCAAGCGCUCUUGGACUCUUUCAUGUGUUUUAUGACGAAUUGCAACGUUAAAAGACUCAACUUGUACCAGCUUAUGACCAUUUGCUGCCAUGGUAUUGGAAAUGCAGCAAUGAUAAAUAUAUUUUGUAUGCACAAAAUAAGUGCAUACCUUCGCCGAGUCGAAAUGGCUUGGAUACAAUUGAAUUUCCUGGAAGAGGAGUGGUUGGUCAAAUAGUUUUGCCAAUAUUUCCACCUUUAUCAAUCAUUA